AUGGCCAUGCAGACCAUGGUCUGCCUCGUUGUGGCACUUGCGCUUGUUGUGGGUAUCUCUGGAGCGCCAUCACCUCGUGGCCCUGACAGGUUUGUGGUCUCCAUGCGCAUGUCGACAGGCGCUGCCUUGGUGGUGGCUGAGCGGGCGCGGGCACCGCUUGCAGCUGACCGCAUGUACGCAUUGGCCAAGGGCGGCGUGUUUGAUGACUCGAGGUUCUUCCGUGUCAUUCGGAACGAUACCGCUGGUACGGCAUUUGUGGCGCAAUGGGGUACGCCUGGCAAUCCCGAGGUGACGGCAAGGUGGCUGGCGGAUGAACUGCCGAACGAAGUCGAUGGCUCGGUGGCGUACUCGAACACUCGUGGCACCAUUGCCUUUGGGGCAGAGUACUCGGAGGAUCGAAGCUCGACUUGCUGUCGAUCCAUCGAGAUGUACAUCAACUAUGCUGACAACUCGCGACUUGAUGCCCUUGGCUUUACCGCCUUUGCCGUUGUCCAGCCGCCAGUGGCGAGCCAGGCUCAGCUCGAUGCGCUACUCGCAGAUGGGCCGGACACUACUCGGACGACGCUCGACAUGGCCAUGGCCCCGUUCGAGGCGCUGUAUGCUGGAUACGGCGAGAACUUUGAUUGGGACGCCAUGUACGCCAGCGGCAACGCGUAUCUCGACGCCGAGCGGCCGCUGAUGUCGCACCUGUUGAGCUUUGAGGUGGUGGCCGAGUCGUCGGCGCCAGGCAGCGGCGGAAAGACAACGACGAUGGCGCCGGCGGAGCGGACAGCGUCGACGCUGACGCUAGUGGCGUUUGCGCUGCUAUACUCGCAAGAAGCAUGA